CUGAGCAUCCCGUGCAGGAUUGCGUGACUGAAACAAUAUACAUCAGAAAGUAAAAGAUGAAUGUCAUGCAGUAGAAUGACAAAGGAUUGCAUGAAUAAAUCUUUGCCUUCGCACAGUUGUUGGUUGGUUUAUAAUUAUGGCAGUUGAAUAUCGUGCUCCAGGUCUUCAAGGAUGGGAUGUUGUGGUAGUGAUAUUGUAUUUUCUAGUGGUGGUUGGAGUAGGUGUUUAUGCAAUGUUUAAAACCAGCAGAUCAACGGUCAGCGGUUAUUUCCUGGCUGGUAGAUUUAUGACUUGGUUACCGAUUGGUGCGUCCAUCUUUGCCAGUAACAUCGGCAGCGAACACUUCAUUGGGUUGGCAGGUUCUGGUGCUGCUGCUGGCAUUGGAGUAGGAGCAUUUGAACUUAAUGCCAUGAUAAUGAUACAGUUACUUGGUUGGGUGUUCGCUCCAGUCUACAUAGCUGCCGGGGUGUGCACUAUGCCCGAGUACAUCAAGAGAAGAUUUGGGGGACGAAGACUGAGAGUCUGGCUAUCGGUUCUUGCGUUAAUACUUUAUGUUUUUACCAAGAUAUCCGUUAACCUGUUUUCUGGCGCAUUAUUUAUAAGGCUUGCUUUGGGAUGGAACCUGUACCUUGCUAUUCUUCUUCUAUUAUUCCUGACUUGCAUUUGUACAAUUACUGGAGGACUCGCUGCUGUGAUCUAUACAGACACAUUGUCAACGUUUCUUAUGGUUUCUGGUUCGUUGAUCCUUAUGGCAAUGGGAUUCAGAGAGAUAGGUGGUUAUGGAUUCCUUGAACGACUCUACAUGCAAGCCUUAUCAAACGAUACCCUCCAUUCUAACAGCACAUGUGGAAGACCACCACAGAAUGCUUUUAUCAUGCUCAGGGAUCCCGUCAAGUCUGAUAUUCCUUGGCCAGGCUUCAUUUUGGGUCAGUCCAUUGCUAGUGUAUGGUAUUGGUGUGCAGAUCAGGUUAUAGUUCAACGUGCUCUUGCUGCCAAGAGUCUAUCUCACGCACAAGGUGGAUGUAUCUUUGCUGGAUACAUCAAGAUACUACCUCUCUUCACUCUUGUCAUGCCAGGAAUGAUCAGUCGUAUUUUAUCACCAGACCGCGUGGCUUGCAGCGUGCCAGAGAAGUGUAUGGAGAUCUGUGGUAGUGAAGUUGGUUGUACAAACAUUGCAUACCCAGAGCUUGUGCUAAAACUAAUGCCCACAGGACUUCGUGGUCUUAUGAUGGCAGUGAUGAUGGCUGCUCUGAUGAGUGACUUGACAUCCAUCUUUAACAGUGCCAGCACUCUCUUCACUAUUGAUGUGUAUAGCUUGAUAAGAAAGAAAGCAUCUGUGAGGGAACUGAUGAUUGUUGGAAGGAUUAUGGUAGCAGUGAUGACUGGUAUCGGUGUCCUAUGGAUUCCUGUCGUUCAAAACGUACAAGGUGGUCAGCUGUUUCUUUACAUUCAACAAGUCCAGUUAUAUUUCUGUCCACCUAUCGCUAGUGUAUAUCUGAUCGCAAUCUUAUGGAAAAAAGCUACUGAAAAGGGAGCGUUCAUUGGGAUGACUGUGGGUUUUAUCAUCGGUGCUGUCAAGAUGGUGGUGGAUUUUUCAUACCAGGCACCGAGAUGCGGAGAACCAGACCAACGCCCAGGGAUUGUAGCUGAUUUACACUACAUGUAUUUCGCCAUGAUCCUGUUUUGGAUUACCACUAUUGUUAUCUUGGUUAUCAGUGCUUUUACAAAACCCUUACCUGAUGCUAACAUUUCAAGACUAACAUGGUGGACUUGCAAAGACGAAUUUUCGGUCACCGAUCAUCUCGAGACUAAUCGUGAUGAGCUGGACUUCGUAAACCAGACUUUUGGAGAUGAAAAGACAGAAAACCAUCACGAAGAACCUCAAACCCCAACAAUAGUCCAUGACGGAACAGACUUCUUUGAAAUGACGGAUCUUUCUGAUGGAAGACACAGUUAUAAUCUGGAAAAACAUGAUGCAGUUUAUGAGAAAUUGCCACAUCAAACACCACUCAAAAGAUUGCUCAGCUGGUUUUGUGGCUACGAAGGGCGCAAUUAUGAAACAAAGAGAGCAGCGAUGGAGCACCAGCGAAGAAUGGCCACAAUUACAUCUCUGGAACAAGACAGACGGGCCAAAAUGUUUCUGAACAUCAACCUUAUAGCCAUAUCCUGUAUAUGUGUGUCUAUGUUUGUUUAUUUUUCUAUCUGAGGCUAAAUAUCUGCCUGGUUGAAAUUGGAAGAUAGGUAAAACUGUAUUUUUUUCCAUGACCAUAUAUUUGAUGGUCUUGUUUAUCACAGAUUUAACUGAUCCCACUAAAUGAUCUUUAUAAUUUGUUGCAGUCAGAACAUAUCAGUGUGCAUAAAAGCGCAUGAGAGUGGACGAAAGUAGGGCAAAAUUUAAAAAAAAACGAUGAUUAAGGCCAGGCACACGUGCAUAAAAAGGUGCGGAUGCUAGAGUUCGGGCUCAAGUAUGGUAGGGCCUGGCUUCUCCUUGUGAAAAGACCCCCAGCAGAAAGGCUUCGUACUUUGGAUAUAUUCGCUAGUAUUCAGUGAAAAUGAUCGUAUAUGUUGAUAGAACAGCAGGGGCGUAGCCAGGAUUUUCCUAGAGGAGGGUAGUCCGAAAAUUAAAGAUCUGCCAUUUUGUUUGGAAAAAACCCGCCCGCAAUGCCUUACGUUUUAAUUUUGCAAAACUUUGUAAGGCAAAUGAAAAUUACUGUAUAAAUUUUCUUAAAAAAUAGCAAAGCAAAUGAAAAUUACUGUAUAAAUUUCCUAAGUGCCGCAAGUUUGUUGCGACGAAGGGUUGGGGCAUGGCCCCCUCGGCUCUCCUGCCUGCGUCCUUGCAUGAAAGGUUGGCAAGUUAUUAGUGUUUGUACGAAAAAAGCUUCUUUACAACAACCCUUGUCUUAAAAUCUUAAAUAAGAGUGUCUCAUGAUUA